AUGGCUACCGCAAGGCCAUGUCUGGGUCAUUUAAGCAGAACAUGCUUACAGCUCACCCGAUCAACGCCAACUGCCCUCCCUAUCAGACUUUUCAGCACAUCAACGGCAAAUGCUGCGCGCGGGAAGUACACGCCUCCAAUCGUCUCCAAGAAAGAAAAGGUCUUGCCUCCGAGUACAAAUAAGUAUAUAAAGAAGGCGGUUGUGAAGAAGAAGAAGGCGAGGACGACCUAUAAACAGUAUGAUUUGAGCAAGGAGGAGACGUUCCCAUUGCUGGAUGCUAUGCGCAUUAUACGAGCUUGGGAGGUAGGCCAGAAACCAACUUCUGUAAAGUACGAGUUGGCUUUGAAACUCAAAUCCCAAAAGAACGGGCCAGUCGUACGAAAUCGAUUACGGCUUCCCCAUCCAGUCAAGACGGACUUCAGAGUAUGCGUUAUUUGUCCGCCAGACUCAGCAUAUGCAGAGGCAGCGAGGGCCGCAGGCGCUGUGUUGGUUGGAGAGGAUGAUGUCUUUGAUGCUGUCAAGGCUGGAAAGAUUGAGUUCGAUCGAUGUCUCUGUCAGACGGACUCGUUGGCCAAGAUGAACAAGUCUGGAAUUGGAAGGGUGUUGGGUCCUCGAGGAAUGAUGCCGAGUAGCAAGUUGGGUACGGUUGUUGUGGAUCCAGUCAAGACAAUGAAAGAUAUGGUGGGAGCUACGGAGUAUAGGGAGAGGAUGGGUGUGGUUCGGAUGGCAAUUGGACAGUUGGCGUUCACUCCGGAGGAGAUGUCGAGCAAUUUGAAGGCUUUCAUCGAGGCUGUGAAGAAGGAUUUGUCACGUAUCAGUGACAAAAUCAACAAGGAGUUGGUGGAAGUGGUGUUGAGCUCAACGAACGGACCGGGCUUGCCUCUAAAUGGAGCUUUCAAGGGGACGCAUACUUCAGUUACUUCAAAAGAGUUGUCUGGGCCAUAA